UCUUUUGAUUACAGUUUUUUUUUCUUUACAAUUCGUUGGAGGAUUGCUGCUCAUUAGCCCUCAAAGCUGGCUGCUCAUCUGAUCACACACCGCCACCUAGCGGCCCACAGAGCCACUACACUCCACCACAACCAGCAAACCAACUACGUCAUCCUCGGAGCUGAACUACAUGUCCCAUGCUCCUCUGUCAAAGAAACGGACAGUCAUGUGGAUGGAAACAGGAGUGGGCAUCCGCUGUGCUGCAAGAAGAAGAAACUUCGAGGAAAGAUGCACGAAGAGGAGGAUGGCAGCGAGGCGCACUCCUGCACGGCUUCGCGAUUCGUGAACUCCAGGUCCGUGGAUGUGGCCGACAUCGAGGGAGCGAAGGAGCAGGCCUCCAAACUGUGUGGCUACUUGAACAAACUGUCCGGCAAGGGGCCCUUGAGGGGGUACAAGCCGAAGUGGUUUGUGUAUGAUCCGAGGAAAUGCUAUUUGUAUUACUUCAAGUCUCCCCAGGAUGCCCUGCCGCUCGGACACAUCGAAAUAUGCGAUGCGUGUUUCAGCUACGAUUUGGACGGGGAAGAGGGUCAGUUUGAGAUCCGCACGGCCGACAAAGAGUUUCUACUUAAGGCUCCCAGUAAGCAGGUGAUGCACUACUGGCUGCAGCAGUUGCAGCAGAAACGUUGGGAGUACAGUAACAUGCGAGGCUCUGGUCAGAGAGACAGCUGGAGCUCCCCGACGCUGGCCUAUCCUCACACCGGCCUUGUAGGCAAAGAUAAUGAUGCUUUCAGCUUUGAGAAGCCAUGUGAAACCAUGGAGAAGGUCCGCAGUGAUUUUUCCAUGGACGACGAAACAGAGGGCGCUGGAAUGGUGGGAGCCCAGACAGCCAGAGGGCCCUCCACGAACCCCCUCAAUUUCUCCCUGAAAAACUUUGGCACGGAGCUCAGGAACUCCAUGUCUCACCUGCGUGGGGGACGACGCAGCGUGUUUUACACUAGCAACAGUCCCUCGGAGGAAUGGGAGCUCGUGGAUCCGCCAAAGGACUUUACUGAACAGAAACAUCAUCCGGACACACACAGACAUUCCUUUGGAUCGGCGUUUACCUUUGAUUUUGUGCGCAACCCCUCGCGGCCUAAGAAGCUUUUGCUGGGCUCUGGAAAGUUAGGCCGCAGUGCCGAAAGCUCGCCGGUGGAAUGUAACGGCAGCAAGUCUUUGGAAAUGCAGCUUCGCCUCCAGAGCCAGCAGCAGCAGGAAGAACUGAGUCGCUUGCAGCAGGAAGAGGCUAAACUCAAGGAAGAGCUGGCCACCCAGAAGGAGCUGGUAAGGCUACUGCAGCAGACUUUAAGGACCUCCCAGAGCGAAAGGCCCGCCGGGUGCCGUCCAGCUCCGUCUCCAGAUUCGUCAGCAGCCUCAGACCAGACCCGAACUUCAGUACCAACUCAGGAAGAAGUUGCACAGCUGGAGGAUCUGCUUAAGGAACGAGAUGGUCAGAUUCAGUCCAUGUGCGGUCACAUGGAGCGUCUCGCCCUGGAGAAGGAGAGUCUGCAAAAAGAGCUGAAGAGCCUGAAACUUAAGGUGGGGGAGAUAAACGACCAGCUUGGAAUGAUGAUGGAGACCAUCCAGGCGAAGGAUGAGAUCAUCAUGAAGCUGUCACAGGAAAACUCCGAGCACAGCGGAAAUGCAAACGACGCUGGAUCACCACCACCUCACAAAGAGCUGCAGGAGCUGAGCAUGCUCAAGGACAGUCUUCAAGGCUACAAAUCCCAGAACAAGUUCCUGAACAAAGAGAUCCUGGAGCUGACGGUGUUGCGCAGAAAUGCAGAGAGUCGAGAAAAGGCUUUAGAAGCAAAGUGUACUGCGCUUGAGGCCAAGCUGUGUCAGGUGGAGAGUAAGUACUUGGUUCUGCUUCAAGAGGUGAAGAACCCGGUAUGUUCGUCUUCAGAGCAGAGCCCAGCCCGGGAGGUCAUCUCCAGAUUGUUAGAAGAUGCACUGCAGGGCGAGAACACAGACCAGCAGGAGCACACGAUCUUCAAACCAAACACUGUCAGCGAGUAUGACGUGUACGGCUUCAAGACCGUCCCCGAGGAGGAGGAAGAGGAGGAGAAGCUGAUCGCAAAGGUGAGGGCCUUGGAGCUGAAGUCCCUGUCCAUGACGGAUCAGGAGGUUUCCGUCGGGGUCAAGUGGGAGAACUUUCUGUCCAGCACCAUGAACAGAGACCUGGUUCACUCCCCUGAGCUAAAGGCCCUGAUUCGUUGCGGCGUGCCACAUGGGCACCGCUCCAAGGUGUGGCGCUGGUGUGUUUCUUUCCACGUGAAGAAGUUUCGUGACCACUUGCCCCCAGACUAUUAUGACACCUUAUUAAACGUAGCAAGGGAGAAGCCAAACCCGGCCUCGAAGCAGAUCGAGUUGGACUUGCUGCGUACUUUGCCCAACAACAAGCACUAUGCCUCUCCGAGUGCAGGCGGCAUCCAAAAACUCAGGAACGUCCUGCUGGCUUUCUCAUGGAGGAAUCCAGAUAUCGGCUACUGUCAAGGACUGAACAGGCUGGCAGCAAUUGCCUUGCUCUAUUUAGAUCAAGAGGAUGCUUUUUGGACCCUUAUAGCUAUUGUGGAGGUCUUCAUGCCAAGAGACUAUUACACCAAGACUCUCCUUGGCUCACAGGUUGACCAGCGUGUGUUCAAGGAUCUGAUGAGCGAGAAGCUACCGCGGCUACACGCCCACUUUGAGCAGCACAAAGUCGAUUUUUCCCUCAUUACGUUUAACUGGUUCCUGGUGGUGUUUGUGGACAGUGUGGUGAGCGACAUCCUCUUCAAGAUCUGGGAUGCGUUUCUGUUUGAAGGACCAAAGAUCAUAUUCCGCUUUGCUCUUGCGCUCUUCAAGUACAAAGAAGAGGAGUUUUUGAAGUUGCAGGACUCCACGGCCAUCUUCAAAUAUCUCAGAUACUUCACACGCACAAUCCUGGAUUCAAGGAAACUGAUGAGCGUUGCCUUUGUGGACAUGAACCCAUUCCCCAUGAGGCAAAUCCAAAAUCGGCGCGCCUUCCACCUGGAGAAAGUCCGUCUCGAGCUGACGGAGCUGGAAGCGAUCCGACAGACCUUCCUCAGGGAGCGAGAGACGAGUCAGGAUAGAAGGAGCUUUGUCAGCGACGACGAGGAGGAAAACUGACCUCGGGCUUGUCGCAUUUCUAGGCUGAGUGGCUAAAGCACGGAGACAAAGAGAUCAUCUCCGCAGAGCGCCGCUGUUCUGCAGUGAUGAACGGAGCGCUUUCCCCACACCUAAUCGUUGGAGUUGGUCUCUGCAUCAGAGCUGGAACUAUCAACUUUAUACGUUUUAAGCAACAACCACAUCAAAAGAACUUAAUGUCACAAGCUCGAAAGGGCCUAUCAGUAUUAUCAGUAUUCCUGCCAUUUCUUUUUUAAUUAAAUCUUGUAAAUCCUCUGUUUUCUGUACGCUUACGUGUUCAUGCAAUGGCCAAAACAACCUGUAGCACAAAUCAGUAUUUUCAAACAAAUGGCUGCGAUCCAUUUCCUUUUUAUAGCUGACUUUUAAAUGUGUUGAAGGAUUAUUGUGUCAUUCAUUUGUGCUGUCAUCUUCUACACUCACACAAUUUUUUCCCUCCACUAAAUUGCCACUGAGACGUGCGUGCACACAAAUCACUUAUGCUGAAAUGAAAACGUUGCUGAAACUUAGGUCUUAAGGCCUUCAAGCGUGUAUGUAACAUUUCCAGUUGUAGUUUCCUUCAAGGGAUGCGUCAAAAGCCACAUUUCCAUGGUAUUAUCAGUUCUAGAAAGAGCAUCUGGAACUUGCUGAGCAGCAGUGCACUUUCUAUAAGCCAUCAAACUAACGUGAGCCAGUAUUGUCUGUUUUUUAAGCAUUAUCAGUUCAUUUUUAUUUGGGAGGUUUUUAUUGGCUAUCGAUUUUGCUAUUCGUGUUGUUUAAAGUAGUUUAGGAACUGUUCACGUUCUCACAAAGACAUAUCUAAAAAGUCCAAACUGUAUUGCACUGGAUUUAAUCAGUUGAGUAUCUGGUAUUGGCAGGAUCGGUUAAUCCAUUCACGCUGUUGUGGGUUACGCAGUUUUUGCAUGCUCUUGGUUUUCCUGUGUUUGUGUUACAUGUUUAAAUGGUCCAGUUUCCUUGUGCGCAAUUUGUUUUUAUUUGAGAUUUUUCUGAGCCACUGGUGUAAAUGCUGAUUGUAAUUGCAUUUGUUGUCCUCAGUGUGGCAGUGUGACAUUGGUUUACCUGGUAUUUACGCUCGGCUCACAGGUACCCUCCUCGCAGUUUGACUGCACUUGAAGUGGCUGUAAAGUCAUGAUGAUUGUUGUGUUAAAAGAAAAAAAAAAUGGAAAUAUGAUGUUAAAUAUAUGAGGGAAGCUUUUCACUGUAUUGCCAAAUAUCUCUGCCAUUUUCAUAAUCGGGUACUUUAAAGUUUCCUCUUCACUGGGAUCUCCUGUUUCUUACAGCAGCGUGGAGGAAAGCUGAUAUUCCAAGCUUCAAACGCUGUUUAUAUUUGAUCAAUCAGCUGUUAAGUGAAACUUUUCAGUCUCCUUAAAUGGGAUUUUGUGCACUGAUGUGUUGUUUACACCCUGCUCGAGUUUUAGUUUUAGAUUGUCUUGAGGUGUUUACAGAAACAAGAGAUCUGCUGUCAGUUGCAGCUUUGUCAGCUGAUCCCAUCCCCAAUGUUCACCUGAUCCAAUGAACAAAUGGCAACAACAACAAAAAAAUAUUUUGAUAAUCAAAUGAAAAAGAAGCAUAUAGUUGUAUUUCUUCCUUUGUGAGAGCAGGUCUCU